AUGAUAGCUUACAUUUCUAAAACUAGUAAUAACUCACUAACACUCUUAUGGGUGAUUAGUAUUGCUUUCUUCAUCAUUGUAGUCAAAGCUUCUCUUCAAGACUCACAUGUUUUUUCUCAACUACAGACCAAUUGGUGUGAAGACCAGCACACCAGACUGCACUGCCAAUGGCAAGGUAUCAGUUGUGACCAAUCUGGUCACAUUACUCAAAUCACUUUGCAUGAUAUUAAUGAUGGUGUCGCUAAAUUGGAAGAGAGGAUGUUAAAGAAUCUCAAUUUCACUUGUCUUCCAAAUUUAGCUACUCUUGAUCUAUCAAAAGCAGGAGUUGUUGGGAUUAUUCCACAGGAGCUAGGUACUCUUACAAAGCUCACCCACCUUGACCUUUCCUACAAUGUUCUUACAGGUGAGAUACCUCAUUCUUUAACAAACCUUUCUCAUUUGAAAGUACUUGAUCUCUCUUACAAUCAGCUCAACGGUUCCAUUCCUCAACAACUUGGCAACUUAAAUAGUUUGGUGUCCUUAAACUUAACCGAAAACGCCUUAACAGGUGCAAUCCCUGAGUCCAUUGGUCGUUUGAUUAACCUUACUCAUUUAAAUAUGUGGACCAAUCAAAUUAAUGGUUCCAUUCCUAUCAGUAUAGGAAAUUUAGAGAACUUGCUCCAUCUAGAUCUAAACCCCAACUACCUCAGUGGACCAAUUCCCUUGGCUUUAUUUCGAUUAACCAAAUUAACCCUCCUCGAUAUUUCAAAUAACAAAUUCAAUGGUUCUAUCCCUAAAGCUUUGGGUAAUUUAACCAAUUUGUCGUAUCUAUAUCUUCACUCAAACCAAUUUAUUGGUUCCAUCCCUCCAGAAAUUGGAAACUUGAGAAACCUAAAAGCUUUAUACCUCACCGAAAACAACUUAUCUGGCUCCAUUCCUCGAGAAAUCAAAAACAUGAGAAACUUAGAAAGCUUGGACCUGAGUCAAAACCAUUUCACUAGUUCUAUCCCUCCAGAAAUAGGGAACUACUUGAGAAACUUAACAUAUUUGGACCUGAGUCAAAACCAUUUAACUGGUUCUCUCCCUCCACAAAUUGGAAACUUGAGAAGCCUGAAAGUGUUGAAACUUGGACAAAACAAAUUCAUUGGUUCCAUUCCUUUAGAAUUUGGAUUAUUGAAGAAUCUAACAUCUUUGGACCUUAGUUUUAAUGAGAUCACAGGUCCAAUUUUCCCUUCUUUGAUUGGUUUAUCAACUAUUCAAAAUCUUGACUUGAGUUCAAAUAGAAUCAAUGGUUCUAUAGGUAAAGAUAUUGAGAAUCUUUCAGAAUUGCACUCUAUGGAUGUGUCAAAUAACAAUAUAGAAGGGAUCAUACCAACCCAAUUUGCUCAUUUACCAAAUUUAGCCUACUUGAAUCUUUCCAACAAUAAUUUCAGAGGUCCAAGAGAAAAUUAA